AUGAGUCUGACAAAAUAUGAUGGAAAUAUUCAUCCGGAUGAAUGGAUAAAUAAUAUUCACAAUUAUUUUAUGUUGAAUAAUGGUAAGUAUGGAUACGAUAUUAACAUGUUAGUGGAUACUACUAUUAACAUCCCAACUAGAAAUUAUGGCAUUGAAGAAAUUCGUAAGGCACUUAAAGAGGAUGUUUCGUUUUCAAUAUUCAAAAACGCAAACAAAAGAAAAUUGCAAUUAUUAAAAUAUAUUCCCGAAAGAGAAGGCGGUGAUACUUUAAAAUUUAUUUCAAAUUUUCGUAAAAUGUGUUAUAAUGCUGAAAUUGAUUUGGAAGGGCAAAAGAAAUACCUUUACCAAUCACUUCCAAAUAGCUAUUUUUUGACCGAAUUUUUUAAGAGAAAAGAAGCCUUUAAUUCUACGGAUGAAUUGAUCAAGGGAUUUGAGGAAAUCAUUAUAGAUGAAUCGAAUUUAAUUAGGAAUGAAUCUAUCAUAGCUUUAAAGCAUGUUGUUACAGGAAGAUACUUGAGUUCAAUUGAAGGUAUUUGUUAUGCGACUGGGAGCAAAAGUCAAGCGGUUUUUGUAGGUAAUUUAGAGCUUGAACCGAAUGGGAUGUGGAUAAUCAAAAUUCAUAAUCCGCAUUUUACUAAUAAAGAACUAGCUUCUUAUACUAAUAAUACUACGAUAAGUUUGCAACACAAAAGUUCUAAUAAGUUUCUUGGAAUUCAUGCUUUUAAAUCGCAAGGCGGUUUAUACCUCGGUAGCCCCGCUCCUAACUCUCCAUCAACCGGGCACACAGAAGAUGCAAGAUGGAGUUUUGGUAAAAGUAAAUUAGAAAAUAAUCAAGGAUAUUUAAAACCAAACGAUAUUAUUAACCUUAGUACUACUGUGCAAAAACAAAAAGGAUGUAUUUUACAAUCUUUACGUAGUCAUGAUUUUCAGUUUAAUGUAGAAGACGAUUCUUUUCAAGAAGUUGUUUGUCACAACGAAAGAUUAGGCGGAAAUGAUGAAGUACGUCAAUAUUAA